CCUUCGCGGCCAAGUUCCCAAGGCCAAGUUCCCCGGCAGAGAGCCACGUUGCCGGAAGUGCGCCCCCACGCCUUUUCCAGAAGGUCUGGGUUGAGGGUGAUUUGCUUUGCUUUUGCGCGGGAUUUCAAUGCGGAAACCCUGUCCCCAGGAAAGUUUGUGAGAUGAGAGGGGCCAGACCGACCGCCAGACCGACCGCACGUGUAUUUCGGCAUUUGGGCCGGCUCUGUUUCUGUUUCUGUUUCCUUCUUGCAAAGCUGCCUCUGCUGAUGGAAAGAAAGCGAGACCCGAGGGUCGAUGUCUUCCCUGAUUGCUGCAUGAAGCGUGCUUCGAGAUGCAAGGCACUCUCAGGGGGAUUCAGUCCGGUCGGCGCUGGACUGUCAGCCUUUCUGUGGAGAAAGUCUCCAACAGCAAGAGAAAGCUGGCUGUACAAGUACUCCAGACGCCAUCAUCGGCGACCAGGCCAGCCCGCCAGCCGAUCUGUUUCUCUCGGGCCAGCAAUCCGUUGGACCCCGGUGGCCGGGAAAGCCACGGCCGCCACCAAUUUCGUUUGAUGCUGGCGGCGGCGACCGAGUCAAGAGGCAGGGAGCCAAAUUCGCAACAUGCCAAAAUCGAAUGCGGCAGCUCGUCCGCUCGUCACU